AUGGCUACAGUAGCGCGAUCACUCCGUCCGAUACUCUGUCAGCAGAGUCCCCUGCGCUUGCAAGCUAGGCAGAUCCCUCGAUUGGUAAUAGCCGCUAGAUGCAGGGGGGAGAUCGUUGCAAGAUCGUAUAGCUCAACGAGGGUAGUCAGAGCAGUCGUACAGGAUGGACCCGCUUUGACUCAGACGAAUCGAGCCGAAGUAACACUACGAAGGUUUUGGAAGACUGUCCACAUCAAACAAGAUGAAUCUGGAAGUUUUCAAGUGACCUUGGACCACCGAGCACUGAAGACUCCAGGAGGUGCCAAGUUGUCGAUACCGUCCGAAAGGAGGUUAUUGGCUUUGUUAAUUGCGAAUGAGUGGGAAAAUCAAGAUGAGGUUUUGAAACAGCAUACUCUGCCAGUGACAUCACUAGCAUCUAGAGCUAUAGAUGGGCUGGGAGAAGGUGUUAUAAGGGCUGGAGUGAUCGAUCAAAUGAUGAAAUAUCUCGAUACAGAUACAAUCCUGUUUACCAAUGAUACACCUACAUCUCUUGUACGAAUGCAGAAGGAACACUGGGAACCAUUGUAUUCAUGGUUGAAGGGGACAUACGGUGUGAAGCUAAAUCCAGCAGAAGGAUUCUCACCACCUCAACAAAGUGAAGAUGCCAGAAGCAAAUUGAGGACUGUACUAGAAGAAAUGGAUGGAUGGGAAUUGGCAGCGUUUGAGAGAGCUGCAUACGCCUCGAAAUCGUUCGUGAUAGCAUUGGCAUUGUGUAAAGGCCGUUUGACGGCGAAUCAAGCUGCUGAAGCUAGUCAUGUGGAAGUAAGAAGUCAGAUUGAACAAUGGGGAGAAGUCGAGGAUACACAUGACGUAGAUUAUCAGGAUAUCAGACGAGCACUGGGAAGUGUCGCUUGCUUAUUAGUCAAAGCUUAG